ACGAUGCAGCCGCCUCAGGAGCCUUGUCCCUCCAUGACAGAACCUCCAGCCGAGAACUCGAGAGUCCAUCAGAGUCCCGAUGAAGCAGCUCUCUGCUGGAGCACAGACCUAGGUCACCUUCUAGAGGACGACGAGCAGGAGGAACAUGAUCCAGAUCCACCUCAGGACCAGCCAGAGGUCCAGGAAGUAAAGCAGGGUGCAGCAGCUGAUGACCAAGAGGCGGGAGGCCAGGAGCAGAAGGAGGACAGAGCUUUGCCUCCAGACCCAGAUUCCAACCUAAUGAUGGGGGUAGCCAAUCAGGACGAAGCCGGGGAGUCAGGCGGUAGCGUGCCGUCGCCGGUCGUCACUGAGACAGAGCAGAGAAACACAGAGAUGGCGGCUCGAGGCCGCCGGCCUGACGGAUGUUUUAAACCUGGGACUGCGGUCGAAGAAGCAUCGCUGCAGAAAGUGGGCGGACCCUCAGACCCGCCGACCUUCGCGGCGGUGAGCGCGAGCAGGCCGACCUCCAGCGGCGACGGAGGAGACGUGACUGCUGCGACCUGCUGUCUCUGA